AUGAUUGAAGGUCGUGUCAAAAUCGGUCUUGUACCAUCAGAGCUUGCUAGAUUAGCGGACACGAAAAGGAAUCCAUCGGUAGUGAAGCUCUCACGGAGAGACUUAGGACCCGCUGUGAGCAAGAAAGCGGAUGGAGGCACAACAUGCAGCGCAACCCUUAUGUUUGCAUCGUUAGUUGGAAUCAAGGUCUUUGCCACGGGAGGCCUUGGAGGGGUUCAUCGCGGAGCGGAGAACUCUAUGGACGUUUCUGCCGAUCUGGUCGAACUCUCCCGUAACCCCGUCGGACUCGUUUCUGCGGGUGUAAAAUCGAUACUUGACAUUGGAAGGACAUUGGAAUACUUGGAAACCCUCGGGGUCCCCGUAGUCUCGUACGGACAAACCACAGAUUUUCCGGCUUUCUUCUCUCCCAAGAGUGGAUACAAGGUUUCUUGGAAUGUUGACAACCCCUUCUCAGCUGCCGAGAUUUUGUACGCGCAAGAACAGUUUGGGAUGAAGAAUGGCACGCUUAUAGCCGUACCGAUCCCUCAACAGUUUGAAGAGGAAGGUUUUGAAAUCCAAAAGGCUGUGGAUCAGGCGGUAGAAGAGUCGGAGCGUAACGACAUAGCUAAACUCGGCAAAGAAGUUACACCUUGGCUUCUUAACCGAGUCUCAGAACUCACUCAAGGCCGGUCACAACAAUCAAAUAUUGCUCUAUUAAGGAAUACGGCUCAAGUCGGGGGCUGUAUUGCGGUUGAAUAUGCGAAAAUGGCUUGGGAUUAUUCUGGGAAUGAACAAGCAUCAUCAUCGGUUUCACGAAGCAAUGAAUCAACUGUCUACCUGAAAGGUCAAUCUAACCUAAGGCGGAAGACCUCGAAACCAAAAAUAUCGCCAAAACUGGUUAUUAUCGGGUCUAGUGCCGUCGAUGUAACUGCACGCGGAUCUGAGGAAACUGCGUCAGCAGUUGCGGUCCAGUCCACAGUCUCUGGAAAAAUCUCGUUGUCAGUGGGCGGGGUUGCGCGAAACAUCGCUGAGGCAUCACAUCGUGUGUCAGGCAAUGAAGAUUCAGUUAUGCUGUUGUCGCCGAUAGCUGACGAUAUGUUCGGUGACUUCUUAAGGCGCGAGACAGCCGCAAUGGGAAUGCGAGAUGACGGUCUACUGGUCCAACCUGAUCAUAGAACAGCCUCCUGCAGCAUGAUUCUCGACAGAAAUGGACAUCUCGUUACUGGCAUUGCAGACAUGGACAUUGUUAAAGAGUUUACUUCUCAGGCUGUUGCGUAUGUUCAUGCACUUGUCGUGGCCGUUGCUAAUGAGCCCACCUUAGGCGAUCGCAUCUUUGGGUCAACACCGUCCAAGUAUUGUUGCCUUGGACGGCAAUUUGUCUCCAGCUGCGGUGACAAAUAUAGUUCAACACUGCCGGAAGGAAAACAUUCGAGUGAACCGACGUCUGUCUUGAAAUCGACUACUAUACUCCAGGUUGUUGCAGAGACGUUUAACGACACUGCUCGCCCUCCAAUUUCGUACAUCACUCCCAAUAUUCUGGAACUUGCGCAGAUCUACAAUGGUGCUCGUGAAACCUACGACCUCUUCUCACGGGAGUCGUGGUGGAAAGCAAUCGACGAUUUUUCUGUCGGGUCAGGUUUCCGCACUGAGUUGGAACACCUGUCGCGAGCGAAGCUUCCCAACGAAGCGUCCUCCACCAUGGCGUUCUUGAUUCGAGAUGGAAUUGCCCAAAUGGCAUUAAAUCUGUUUCCGUUCUUCGAGCAUUUGAUUAUAAAGUGCGGCUCUGCGGGGGUGAUCGUAUUUAUGCGAACUUCAGGAGAAUCCGAAUGGACCAAGCAAGCCAGUACAGUAAAUGAACGGUGUAUCGUAUCACACGGCGCAAAGGGAUCUGUUGUUGUUGCUCACUUUUCUGCUUUACCCGCAACGGUGGUGAACGUCACGGGUGCAGGAGACUCUCUCGUUGGCGCGCUCUUAUCACGGUUGGCGGAACGGCCCAAUGCCUUCGCCAAUUUUCGACACUUAAAGGAGACAAUUGACUUUGCACAGCAGGCGGCAGUUUUGACAUUGGCAAGUGAACUGGCGGUAUCCCCUAGUCUUUCUGAACUGCGGAUGUAA